AUUUUAUUAGCUGCACCACUCAAUGGACGUGUGUCCACCAGUAAGUCUGUGUGGGAUUAUCAAUGGGGGGAACAAUCAUUUUUUCGUCUUUGCCACUCAAUCAAUCCACAGAAGAAGGUGAUCACGCUUGGGGUGUGAGAUUCAACAGCAGCAGCCAUACCCUCUUAUCGUACGAAAAACAAUUUGAUUGUGGCCCCCGCGAUAAAAUGCUCUCCUUCUGGGGCUAUAAAAAGAAAAUCGCGAUGUUUGAUCCGCAAACGUGAGUGAGAAAAUAACAAGAAAUGUUCUUGAGAGUGAGUUUGGUGCUUCUGGGUGUUGCCCAUCUCGUCACAAGUCAAUGUUCUGUGAACAUUAGAAAUGAUAUCCCUGUGAGGGAUCCAGUUUACUUGACGCAACAAGGGCAGCUGUGGGCACCAAAUGGAGCAGCACUUACGUGGAAUUCAGGACAACCGUCCUUUGUCUCAUGCACAGGAUCUGGGAAUUCAAUAACGUUCAAUGGUGAGAGGACAAGCACAAAAACAUGUCUUUCGGGAACCAAUUUCAACAUUGGUGGCUCUACUGUAAGUUCCAGUCAACUUACCUGCGCCAAUACAAUCACCGGUGAUAUCACCAACACCGGAAGCAAUUGUGCCAAUGAUGGUACAAUCCUCAAUAUUGGUUUCAACACUUACGCCACUCCGGGAUUUGUCACAUACAUCCAAUCCUGCUAUUCCCUCUCAACAGGCUCUGUUCGCUAUACGAGACACGUUAUCCCCGGAAGGGCUAUUAACUUUGCGGUUAUUGAAUCUAGCAGGCCUAGCUUCAAGACUGCUGGAUCAGCUCCACAUGUUAGUCCAGCUGUCUCCUACACGCAAGUUUCACAGAAGACACGCCUCACGCAACUUCUGGGCUCUGAAGCUCAAGCUGAGCGCUUCCUUAGUACCUCCUCGUAUAUGUCACGUGGUCAUUUGGCACCUGACGCCGAUGGUAUCUACCGUAGUUGGCAAUUUGCCACAUACUUCUACACGAAUGUUGCUCCACAGUGGCAGCAAACUAAUGGAGGCAAUUGGGUUCGUGUGGAGAAUGCAGCACGUCAGAAGGCACACAACAUGCAGCAGGAUCUGCUCAUCUUUACCGGGGUCUACGAUAUUCUCACCCUUCCGCAUGUCAAUGGUCAGCAGAUUCCACUCACCCUGGAGGCUGGUGGCAUUGAGGUGCCCAAAUGGUACUGGAAAAUCAUCAAAUCCACCACGAAUAAUGCUGCCAUUGCUCUCAUCACGCUCAACAAUCCCUUCGCCACGAGCUUACCGGCCAAUGAGCAACUCUGCCCGGAUAUUUGUGCCUCAGCUGGAUGGGCGGACAGCUACUACAGCAACUUUGCACGCGGCUACACCUACUGUUGCAACGUACAGAACCUCAUGAGUCGCAUCACGUGGAUCCCAAGUGAAGCAUCGGCACCAAAUGUACUCAACUGGUAAGUGCUGGAGAUUGAGGAGAAAUGAAGAACCAACGUUGUCUGUGACCUCAGGGCUAAUUCUGUCCUCCAUGGAACUGUCUUUUAUUUUAUACAACUCAAUAAAAUGACAUGAGUAUUGGCUACAGCACAUAA